AUGACUGAUGUUAGAGUAUGUGAUAUUCAACUUAGUCGUUCAGGAAUAUUUACAUUAUAUGCUACAGAUGUUAAUUCAUUUAAUCGACUAUUGAAUGAUUUUACUCAGAUCCUCGCUGCAAAUGGUCAAAUCACAGCAAAAAUAUUUGUACCUCGAUCAAUUCAUAGAAUUAAAAAUAUGGAAAAAGUUGCUUUCGUCAAGAGAGUUGACUUAGAAAUUUCGGAAACCAGAAUUACUGAUGUAUUAAUGGAUACACGAUUUAAUGUUGAAAGUUUAAAUGCAUUUAUACAAACUGGUUUACAAAUAGAUUCAAUGCAUUUUCUAGCUGAACCUGCAAUGCAAAAUAAUAAACCGGUACAAUGUUAUCUAUGUCUUCAAUAUAACCAUAUGGCAAAGUAUUGUAAAACAAAACAACAAGUAUGUGCUCGAUGUGGUGGAAAACAUCACGUUGACUAA